UGCCUCUUAGAAGGGCACAUCAGUCGGCAAAAGGUUGAACUGGAAGCAUUAGCUCCGUCCGUCAGCCUUGUGGAGUGACAGUUUUUAUUUAUCGUUCUACGGAUUUUAAAGUUUUAAUAACAGAAAACGAAUAAACAAAUUCUACCUGCGUGGAUCGAAAUAUAAACUGACUGAAACAUGAAAGGGAUAGAAACCUUAAGUCCACGCAAAAAGAGGUCUCGCGAGGAUUCCUCUUCUGGAAGCAACAAUUCCACGAUUGUGCCAUGGACUAAUCUGCCUUACUUGGAGCACUGCGAAGCCCACAUCCAGUUUGUUCCAACUGCGAUAAAUUAUUCUAAGAAACAAGAGAAUAAUGUUCGGAAAAUCCAACAGCUUUCCAAGACGAAACGUGGAUUAAAGGAAGUAAUACCUACGUCUUCAGCAAGAGCCUUCUCUAAGAAACAAGGGGCGAGCGACAAAAAGUUGGAGGAAGACGACGACGAUGAUGUGGUGGAUCCUUCUCCGGACAUCCCGACUGCGGGGAUCCGGGCGCUGAAGCCGUGGAUGCGGUACACCAAGAUAUCCGUCCUGUUCCUGGUGUGGCUAGUGUUUACGGUUGUGCUGAUAAUGAAAUGUGAGAAAGAGAGCAAGAUGCAUCAAAUUUCCAUUCCAGAGGGAAACAUUAAAAGCUACUGGCUGAAGGAACACCCCACGAACCGAAAAUUGGAACUGGCGCUACGCGGUGCCUUCCUACCCGCCUACUACGGCAACAUGUCUACCAAGUUCCUCUCGGUGUGGAUACAACUGGUUGAAGUCGCCCCUGGUUUCCAGACAGUGGCCAAUCUGUCUGCUUACAACGGAGACAAUAUAAUCCUUGUCAUGAACGUCAGUGAGAUCUGGGAGAUACCAAUUGUUUCCAAAGAGCUGUUAGAUGAUGUGCCGGAUGUCGUCAACAAAAAAGUGUUCAGUAUGAAGGACUUCGACGUCAGGCUAGUACCUCGGAGCAUAAUGCGCAUACAGAUGAAGACCAACAUGGAGGCCAGUUUCCCAACUGCCGUUUACUGUGAUCUGUCACCCAUUGACACUGACAGCGGCAUCGUGUACGCCGCCAUUGUGCUCCUGGGACUCUACGUCCUAAUUAUUCUGGAGAUCGUGCACAGGACACUGGCCGCAAUGCUAGCGUCCACCAUGUCUGUGGCGAUCCUGGCGGCCUUGAACGAGAGGCCGACGACGGCGGAACUGAUCUCGUGGAUCGACGUAGAGACUUUGCUUCUGCUGUUCUCCAUGAUGAUGAUGGUGGCUAUCCUUUCAGAGACCGGCAUCUUCGACUACAUGGCUGUCUACGCUUAUAAGAUAACAAACGGAAGGGUGUGGCCUCUGGUGAACACGCUGUGUCUGAUCACGACUUUCUUGUCCAUGCUGCUCGACAACGUCACAAUUGUCUUGUUGAUGACUCCAGUUACCAUCAGGUUGUGUGAAGUAGUGGAACUGAACCCGGUACCUGUCCUGAUGGCCAUAGUCAUCUACUCCAAUAUCGGCGGCAGCAUCACCCCUGUGGGGGAUCCUCCCAACGUCAUCAUCGCCUCCAACCAGGACGUGAUUGACUCUGGAGUGGACUUCAGCGUGUACACUCUGCACAUGGGCGUGGGCAUCUUGGCCGUCAUGGCCAUAACACACGUCUUCUUGCGGUUCAUGUUUCGAAACAUCAACACGCUCCGCUUUACGGAGCCACAAGACGUCAGAGAGUUACGUCAAGAGAUAGCAGUCUGGCAGAGGGCAGCAGCGUCACUGUCAUCCUACUCCAAAGACGAGGAUACAGUUCGAGCCUCGCUUUUGAAGAAAGUUCGUUGUCUUGUGCACGAACUGAAGCGAAAACUUGUGACUGGCAGCGUGGCGGUCGAUACAUACAAGGCAAACUUGGAGGAGCUUCGUGCAAGGUACCCUAUCCGCAACAAGGCGCUGCUGGCCAAGUCUGGGGUGUCCUUGGCCUUCGUGAUCAUAUUGUUCUUUCUACACUCCGUACCCAAUCUGAACCUGUCGUUGGGGUGGACAGCUCUGCACGGCGCACUGCUCCUGCUUCUCUUGGCGGAUGACGAGGAAAUGGAGGGUGUCCUGGCUCGCGUGGAGUGGGGGACGCUGUUGUUCUUCGCCUCGCUCUUCGUUCUCAUGGAGGCCUUGUCACGUCUGGGACUGAUCAGUUGGAUCGGGCGACAGACAGAGGCCGUCGUUCUCGCAGUCAACGAGGAGUCUCGGCUGGCCGUGGCCAUCUUGCUAAUCCUGUGGGUCUCAGCGUUCGCCUCAGCCUUCGUCGACAAUAUCCCACUCACCACCAUGAUGAUUCGAAUUGUCACCAACCUGAAUUUGGAGCUCGGUUUGCCACUGCAGCCCCUAGUAUGGGCACUGGCCUUCGGAGCAUGUCUUGGAGGAAACGGCACUCUCAUUGGCGCCUCCGCGAACGUGGUGUGUGCCGGAGUGGCUGAACAGCAUGGGUACAGGUUCACGUUCAUGCAGUUCUUCAAGGUUGGUUUUCCCGUGAUGUUGGUCAGCGUUGCUGUGACAUCGGUAUAUCUUAUGGUGUGUCAUGUGUCACUUCAGUGGCACUAAUAAAAGUUAUUUUAGUGUAAAAUUAUGUACAGUAUAGCUCUUGCUUAUCAGUUCAAUGUCAUGUUUCCAAAAAUGUAAAUAUUUAAUUAGUUUAGUUUAAUGGGUGUUUGUUCUAAUGAGAUUUCUUGUAUAAGAAAAUCCGGAUGUUUAUAUAAAUGCUAAGUUAAUAUAAUACAUAUUAUUAUUGUUAUCGUCGUCGUUGUCGUUGAUAUUAAAUAUAACUGAAAAAAUUAUUUCAAUAGAAACAUGAUCAUACAAACACACAGCAGUCAACAAUAAGAUAAUAUUUUAAUUUGCUAAAUGGGUUUCACAAACUAUUUGGAGAUCGUGAUAAUGUUUUACUGUACAUUCAUUGCACUGAAUAUUGUUUAUUACAAGAAAUUUUAAAUAACAAAUAUAUAAGUCAUGUUGCCAUUCCUCCUGAAAAGUGUAAUUGUGGAUUUGUAUCCAUUUCGCUAGACUGCUAUCUAUUAUAAAACCAGAUUUAGGAAGCAGAA